AUGAACCGGGCACCGGAGGUGUUUUUCGGUAUUGCAGCCUUUCCCUGUUAUUUGACUGGUGUUAGUGUCACCACUGUCCUUCGUCCCCCCUUCCCCCGCCCUAAUAUGUUGCGUAGCCGAGCAUGUCAGGCAAGAUUUCAUCUGCUGAUCGAUUUCUCUCCCAUCAGAGCUAACGGUCACGUGUUUGACGAGACCCAACUCUUUCCUGAUGCAGCCGAGGACAUGCUUCAAUUGAAGACGGAGUUUCGCCAACACUUCUAUAACAUUUCACGCAUAAUGGACUGCGUCGGCUGUGACAAAUGCAAACUCUGGGGCAAAAUCCAGACUCAAGGUAUGGGCACUGCGCUGAAGAUCCUAUUUUCUGGUGAUAUCUACGAGCGAUCUGCGGACAAUGUUAUUCGCCGGAAGCCAGACUUUCAGCUGCGCCGAACCGAUAUAGUUUCCCUAUUUCACGCUGUUGGCAAGUAUGUGCUAUUAGUUAGUCUUCUUUGUUUAAGAUAUGUGCUUAAGUCACACAGUUUAUAUGCUGCAUUUACGUAA